UGUAUAUUGGUAAUUGGUCGAAAAAACAUUUCGGCGGCAACUAUCACUGAAUGGCAGGGUAACGUCGCAGUUCUUACACCAUUCAGAGAGACUGUUGAUGCAAACGGAGAAAGUGUGAUCAAGGAUUUUACAACUACGAAUAUUACUUGCCGUUAUGGGAUGCCAUGCCUCUGCCGCCUGUAGUUUAAUCACUAUAUGUGUUAUUCAGUUGUUGACCAUUUCUGUUCGCCAAACGUUUGAUUUCCUUGCUUUACAAUGGGGAGCGAUUGUGGUGAACUUUUGUCAAAUUGCUGGAGUGAUUAUUGGACUUUUCGGGGCGUACCGGCAGAAACGAAGAAUUAUAGCUGUGUAUGCUGCAUGGUCGCUUAUUUGGUUGGGUUGGAAUCUUUACAUUAUCCUGCUUUACUUUGGGGUUGGGAACUUAAGCUUGGCAGAAUAUAUGGUAAGUUUAAACUUGGGUUUGAAUGACAACUACACCUGGUUCAAAACCCACCCAGUUGGCUGUGCAGCAGAGGCAGUCUCAAAAGAUAAGUUCUGUAUAUAUCGGUUCGAAUAUAUUGAGAUUCUACAAUCGGGUGUUCAGCUACUUCUUGCAGUGAUUGGAUUCAGUUUUGCAAGUUAUUCUGUUGGGAUAAUGAAAGAAGAUGAGAGGACAUUUGAUUACCAAGUUGGUUAUCGUAGCACUAUCGACAACAAAGCAAGAAAAUCAGAUGUGAAUUCAAAUCAAAAGGUUGUUCAACCCCUAGUAGGGUCAACUUUGAAUACUUCAUCAACUGUAUGAUAGACUCACGAAUCACAAUCAUAUGAACACACCUCAUUUGUUGCACAUCUUCACGCUGAGAUUCACAUCAUCGCAGUAACUCAAGUUGAUGUCUAUUUGUUUCUUUUUACUUUUUCAGUAUUUUCGAUUUUGUUUAAUGAAGUGCCAAAAAAUUGUGUUUCAUUUUCAAAUAAUUGUUUCCCAUUGUGAGAGUUAUGUUCUGUAUACGGUACAAUACUAAGUGCCUUUAUAUAUUUGUUACUUUCUAGCGGUGCCUACUUUUCAAUGUGAACUUUGGUACAUUUGAAUUACCCCUUGUGACUUUGUUUACUAUCAAGUAUUAUUACCUAUUCAUUGUGUUCGAGUUAUUGGUCAUGUCAAAGCUAUGUUUGGUCAUUGUAGUAAACAAGUAUUUUGUUAUUUUUUAUACUUUCAUUUGUAAUCGAAUUCCGUGCACAAAUAAACACAAUUUCAUUUGA